AUGGAUCAACCUGUCGGAGACAGCGCAGAUGGCAGUCUCGGAAGUGUCGGGCGGUUCCACUCCACUUAUGGAAAGAAAGAAUCCGCUGACGGACCGCGUCAACAUGGAGCUGACGAUGUUGAAGAAUCUGACGAAGUUGAAGGAUCUUCGGAAGGCGAAGAGGCCUCAAGAAACCUCCCGCUCUUGAUGCAAGCAGUGACUGUCGCUUUUCGAAGUGUCAGUCACUAGGAUCUGAUAGAGUAGGAGGGAGGCGCAUUCCGCCGAGCACUUUGUGAGUUUACGCUUUUUUUAAUGUAAUUGCCCUUUUUGGACAAGAAAAAUUUUUUUCAAGUGAUUUUUGUGUAAAAUGAAUGAUUUUUAGGUGACCCGCCUGUCAACCCUCCUCCAAACAGCCGCCCUGGAACUCUCACGCUGGAGAGCCGGCGAAUCAUUGUCCGAAUUGGAAUGGAUCAACCUGUCGGAGACAGCGCAGAUGGCAGUCUCGGAAGUGUCGGGCGGUUCCACUCCACUUAUGGAAAGAAAGAAUCCGCUGACGGACCGCGUCAACAUGGAGCUGACGAUGUUGAAGAAUCUGACGACGUUGAAGGAUCUUCGGAAGGCGAAGAGGCCUCAAGAAACCUCCCGCUCUUGAUGCAAGCAGUGACUGUCGCUUUUCGAAGUGUCAGUCACUAGGAUCUGAUAGAGUAGGAGGGAGGCGCAUUCCGCCGAGCACUUUGUGAGUUUACGCUUUUUUUAAAUGUAAUUGCCCUUUUUGGACAAGAAAAAUUUUUUUCAAGUGAUUUUUGUGUAAAAUGAAUGAUUUUAGGUGACCCGCCUGUCAACCCUCCUCCAAACAGCCGCCCUGGAACUCUCACGCUGGAGAGCCGGCGAAUCAUUGUCCGAAUUGGAAUGGAUCAACCUGUCGGAGACGGCGCAGAUGGCAGUCUCGGAAGUGUCGGGCGGUUCCACUCCACUUAUGGAAAGAAAGAAUCCGCUGACGGACCGCGUCAACAUGGAGCUGACGAUGUUGAAGAAUCUGACGACGUUGAAGGAUCUUCGGAAGGCGAAGAGGCCUCAAGAAACCUCCCGCUCUUGA